CAUCAAUUUCCAAACUAUAUAGUGAAUGCAACAACCAUGUCAAGUUCAGCGGCCAAAACUCCACUAAUGUCGAGCGAAAGCUUAUAAGCGCCGUGAUAGAGCCGGAAAUUGUUCUCGCAAGUGUGAUCGGCAGCUCAGUUGUUGCGGCAGUGAUUUCUGGCAGUGCUAUAAAAUAAGGGAAACAUCAUAGUCAGAUGUCACUACGGAAGGCAAGGAAAUGAGGUUGUUGACAUGACGAAUUGCAGGGUACAUACUGCUGGCGGUGUUUCUCGUGUUCGUCACAUUAGCUCCACAGCAAGCGAUGCGAUGACCAAGUAUAUAUGCAGCGUACUUGAAGUUGUGCUGCCCCCCAUCAAUGAUGUUAUAUGAAUUCGGGGUUGCUUGCGCACACUUGUUACUUGUGAGAGAAGUUAGCGCAAUGCUUGCUCCCGGAGCCACAGCUCAGCUUGAAACCCGUCCAAUAAAACGUCGCUACACGAGCGAGCCAAAAAAAAUUCAACAGCUCCUUCAUUCUUCUGGCCCGACGGUAUGGACUGAUUAUCGCUCAAGCAUUUCCACGGUCAAGAGACGUGCAUAAGACUCUAAGAAGAGAACUACAAACAUCUUCAACAUGUAGAAUUUCAGCAGAUCCAGCUGAUACAGCAUAGUACAAGGCUAACUCGAAGAGUCACGGGCGGAGGACUGAAUUUGAACCACUGAUGUGGACUUGUGAAAGUUUUUUUUCCCUUCCUUCUCUUGGAACAAGACUCAACAAAAAUGAGAAAUCACCAGGGAUGUGUACUCACAUCUGACUGUGCAAACAUGAAGGUUAGGCUGAGGCAGUGGGGCUGCAAGGCCCUUACAGCCCAAAAACCCACAAGGGCAGGAAAUACGCACUUCGGGUCU